AUGACUCUGAGACACAGAGUCAUGAGCAAAGCACAACAAGCGCAGAGAGUCGCGAGCAAAGCCAGUCACAAGGACGAGUCACAAGCGCAGAGAGUCGCGAGCAAAGCCAGUCACGAGGACGAGUCACAAGCGCAGAGAGUCGCGAGCAAAGCCAGUCACGAGGACGAGUCACAAGCGCAGAGAGUCGCGAGCAAAGCCAGUCACGAGGACGAGUCACAAGCGCAGAGAGUCGCGAGCAAAGCCAGUCACGAGGGCGAGUCACAAGCGCAGAGAGUCGCGAGCAAAGCCAGUCACGAGGACGAGUCACAAGCGCAGAGAGUCGCGAGCAAAGCCAGUCACGAGGGCGAGUCACAAGCGCAGAGAGUCGCGAGCAAAGCCAGUCACGAGGACGAGUCACAAGCGCAGAGAGUCGCGAGCAAAGCCAGUCACGAGGACGAGUCACAAGCGCAGAGAGUCGCGAGCAAAGCCAGUCACGAGGGCGAGUCACAAGCGCAGAGAGUCGCGAGCAAAGCCAGUCACGAGGACGAGUCACAAGCGCAGAGAGUCGCGAGCAAAGCCAGUCACGAGGACGAGUCACAAGCGCAGAGAGUCGCGAGCAAAGCCAGUCACGAGGACGAGUCACAAGCGCAGAGAGUCGCGAGCAAAGCCAGUCACAAGGACGAGUCACAAGCGCAGAGAGUCGCGAGCAAAGCCAGUCACGAGGACGAGUCACAAGCGCAGAGAGUCGCGAGCAAAGCCAGUCACGAGGACGAGUAA